AUUAUGGCUACUUUAACUUCAGGAGUAGCACUGAAUGCUAGUAUAGAGAAUUUGUUAGACCUAGAUAGUCAGGUUGAGCUUCGCAAACAAGAGCGACAGUUAAGACGACAAGAAAGGGAGCGGAAAAGAGCUGAAGAUCUUAAGCGGCUAGAAAAGGCGGCGCAGGAUGAAUCGAGCAAAAGUAUAUCUCACACGUCAAUGCCACAACCUUCUAAAAACAUGAGCAGUGAUCGAUUACAAAAACUUGAAAAGGAACUGGAUGAAAUGAAGCGCUCACGGCAUUCACGGCAGCCUUCGCCUUCACAGGAGAUAAAGACAGCGGUUGUGCUGAAAUCGCAGCCCAAGAAUCCUAAAGCGGAGGUGAAGGUGGAAAAAAGACUGAAUAUCGGACAAGUUGCUGCACAACAAGAAAAAGAACCACAAGUUGUUUCACUGAAGCAAGCACCAGCACCAAGUGGAAUUGUAGCCAAAGCAAAGGAGCGGUUUUCUAAAGAGGAUGAAGCACACGUCGUUAGACCAAAGCUUCAAGAGCAAGGCAUCAGUGCGCCAACGGUGAAAAAAGACGUCAGUAUGGAUCACAAAGAGGAUAAUUUACCUCAAUCUGUGAAGCCAGAUUCUCGAAAGCCAGUUGAUCAGGCUCCUGAGCUUAGCACUCUGCAAACAAAAGAGCAACCCAAAAAGAGUGUCCUUUCCCGUUACAACGUGGCGAAUGAAUCUACUUCGAACAAAACUGCAUCCAAUGUUAAACCAGCUAGACCUCUGCGUACGUCUACUACUUUGGCUGAACGUGCCGCUAUGUUUAAGGAAGUGAAGCAGCCUGAAACGGUCACUCCUCCUAUAAACAAACGAAAAUCAAUGCCAGUAAUGAACUUCGGUAAGAUGCUGGAAGAGGAUAGCGAUAUUGACGCCAAUAUUAGCCCAUCAGUUUGUGUGAGCCAUCGUUUUGGUCAACCACCUCAAGUCAUAACUCGCAAGGCAUGGCCAACAAAUGAAAAGGAAUCGUCUACUAUGAUGAAAAAGGAACUCAUCAGUGAUUUAAGGAAGCAUCCAACCGCUGCCAAGAAGGUCUCAAAGAUAUUCACAUCAGAGCAGGAAGCACAGGUUUUCAAUUUGAAGAGUAGUGAGAAGAUGAUGGUAACAAGCUCCCCUGUCGAGUUGUCAAAUACUGCAAUUACCGAGCUGGAUGCGAGCAACACUAUGCCAAAUGCAAAUUCACAAGACAUUAUGACUAGAUCUGCACCGCCUUUGCAAAGCCUCAAGCAGCCCAUCAAGCCCAGAUCGCAGAAGAAAAAGAGAAGUUCGACGAUAGCAUUGACAAGCACUGUAGCUGAAGGCAAAACCGAGGGGUUGAAAGCUCAAAUUGAAACUGAAGAGCAAGUCGAACCUACUGUCAUGCAACAGACUUCAUCUGUUUCAGUGGAAAGCAAAAGAAUUAGCCAGAAUGAUAAUGUUCAGGCAGCAGCUAGCCAAGUGACCGACAAACCAACAAACGAGAGUGGUAAGAGUGUGGGCAACACUGGAACGACAGAGGCUUCAAAUAUUAUGAAAGUGCAGCAAGAUCUCAAGCCAACAGCAGAGAGUGAGGCCAACGCCAUUCGCGCACGUAUGCUGGCAAAGAGAAGAUCUACGCCUCUUAUGGACUCGAAACCGAAGCCAUAUGUGCCUAAGAUAUCGGAAGAUCAGCUAUCGUUUUCUGACCUUCGAGCGAGCUUAGGAAGGAGAGGCACAGAAAACUUUCGUAACGCAACGGAAAAGAUGAUCGAACAGAGAGGUCGCAAUAUGAACAUCACAACGUUUAGAUGGUCCGCUUCUUCAACUGCAAUGGAGAAUAAGUCAGCAUCACCAUUAUCUGGCAAGGCAACUUCUGAACUUCACCGCCCAUCACCAAAAGUGUUACCGCAAGUCAGCUGAUUAAAAUGGAUGACAAGAUUGAUUUAUCUCCUGCUAGCAAGCCACAGGGCACAAAAGCAGAAGUGAAGCCAAAAGAAGUGAAUAGAGCGGAUUCAUCGGUGAAGGCACCUAUUCAACACACUCGAGAGCAGGUCAAGAGGAUACCAACUGAGCCAGCUCGUGUAUUCAAACAAGAAUUGGAUAAAUCUAAAGCUUCAAGUGGUAGAAAUUCUUUGAAGAAGCGAGCAUACUCUGUGUCGGACCUCAAGGCUAUUCACAAAAAGUUUGAGCAAGCGCAACAG